CUUGCCUUGGAGAGUUACCAUGGGACUCUUGGAAGAACUUUCCACUGCCUUUCCUGCGAUGAUUCAAGAUAAUAGGGAUAAAAACACUUAGCUCGUUGGCAUUUGGUGUGUCCUGGUGUCCUGCUUACAGUGCCAACAACAUGCCCAAGCAGGUGGAAGUACGGAUGCACGACAGCCACCUGAGCGCGGAGGAGCCGAAGCCGCGGCAUCUGGGGCUGCGCUUGUGCGACAAGCUGGGAAAGAAUCUCCUGCUCACCCUGACCGUGUUCGGUGUCAUCCUGGGGGCAGUAUGUGGAGGACUUCUUCGCUUGGCAUCUCCUAUCCACCCAGAUGUGGUUAUGCUAAUAGCCUUUCCAGGGGAUAUACUCAUGAGGAUGCUGAAAAUGCUCAUUCUCCCUCUCAUCAUCUCCAGUUUAAUCACAGGGUUGUCAGGCCUGGAUGCUAAAGCCAGCGGCCGCUUAGGCACAAGAGCUAUGGUGUACUACAUGUCCACGACCAUCAUUGCCGCGGUGUUGGGGGUCAUCCUUGUCCUGGCCAUCCACCCAGGGAACCCCAAACUCAAGAAGCAACUGGGGCCUGGGAAGAAGAACGAUGAAGUGUCCAGCUUAGAUGCCUUUUUGGACCUUAUUCGGAAUCUCUUCCCUGAAAACCUUGUUCAAGCCUGUUUUCAGCAGAUUCAAACAGUGACGAAGAAAGUCCUGGUGGCCCCCCCAUCAGACGAGGACAGCAAUGCCACCGACGCUGUCCUCUCGCUGUUGAACGAGACUGUGACCGAGGCUCCAGAGGAGACCCAGGUGGUGAUCAAGAAGGGCCUGGAGUUCAAGGACGGCAUGAAUGUCUUAGGUCUGAUAGGGUUUUUCAUUGCUUUUGGCAUUGCCAUGGGGAAGAUGGGCGAGCAGGCCAAGUUGAUGGUGGAAUUCUUCAACAUUUUGAAUGAAAUUGUAAUGAAGUUAGUGAUCAUGAUCAUGUGGUACUCUCCCCUGGGUAUUGCCUGCCUAAUCUGUGGGAAGAUCAUCGCAAUCAAGGACUUAGAAGUGGUUGCUAGGCAACUGGGGAUGUACAUGAUCACGGUGAUUGUCGGCCUCAUCAUCCAUGGGGGGAUCUUCCUCCCCUUGAUUUACUUUCUAGUGACCAGGAAGAACCCUUUCUCCUUUUUUGCUGGCAUUUUCCAAGCUUGGAUCACUGCCCUGGGUACCGCUUCCAGUGCUGGAACUUUGCCUGUCACCUUCCGCUGCUUGGAAGAAAAUCUGGGGAUUGAUAAGCGUGUGACUAGAUUUGUCCUGCCAGUCGGAGCAACCAUUAACAUGGAUGGUACAGCCCUUUAUGAAGCAGUGGCUGCCAUCUUUAUAGCCCAAAUGAAUGGCGUCGUCCUAGAUGGAGGCCAGAUUGUGACCGUAAGCCUCACAGCCACGCUGGCCAGCGUUGGUGCAGCCAGUAUUCCCAGUGCGGGGCUGGUCACCAUGCUCCUCAUUCUGACGGCUGUAGGCCUGCCGACCGAGGACAUCAGCCUGCUGGUGGCUGUGGACUGGUUGCUGGACAGAAUGAGAACGUCUGUCAAUGUUGUGGGUGACUCUUUUGGGGCUGGGAUUGUCUAUCACCUCUCCAAGUCUGAGCUGGACACCAUUGACUCCCAGCACCGAGUGCAUGAAGAUAUUGAAAUGACCAAGACUCAGUCCAUUUAUGAUGACUUGAAGAACCAUAGGGAGAGCAACUCAAACCAGUGUGUCUAUGCCGCACACAACUCAGUAAUAGUAGAUGAGUGCAAGGUAACUCUGGCAACCAAUGGAAAGUCAGCCGACUGCAGUGUUGAGGAAGAACCUUGGAAACAUGAAAAAUAAGGAUAUGACUCUCAGCAAAUUCUUGAAUAAAC